AUUCAGCUUCCCACUGUCCCUGUGCCUCAGUUUCCCCUGUGGCUGAGCCUCCUCCCUUUUCCCUGGGGGGUCUCCAGCUGGUGGAGGAGUUUUGGGAGAACUUCCAGCCCGGAUCCUCGCUGGCAGGAGCUCAUUCUCAGCCUGCUGCUCCCAUGGCAUCCCACAUCCCUGUCCCCUUCCCAGCCUGCUGGAGUGGGACAGAGGGGUCAGGGAUGCUGGCAGGGCUGGAAUCACGGCCAGGAGCAGCUUUUGGGGAGGCUGGAGCUCAGGGUGUGGAGAUCUAAACUCUCUCUUGAUGGGCUGGAGGUUGAUUUACACCAAGGAAUGGCUUCAUCCCGGGUGUCCAGUGGGGAGUGGGAUGCUGAGCAGCACCAUCCCUGUGGCAUCUGUUGCCAUGGCAAUCACCUGCUAAAAUAAAGGGGAAUUGGAGCUGGGUACCCAGAGCUGCUUUCCCAUUUGGUUCCCUGCCCUCUGAGAUUCCUGGGAGCUGGAUCCCUGCAGGGAUGUCCCUCCUGUGUGACCCUGGGCUGGGUGCCAGAGGGAUAAAUGGGGUGGCCUCGGGUGCCAGCUUGGGGUGGGGUUUGCAUCCUCCUUUCCUAGGGCAUGGAAUUCUCAGGGAUGCUCGGGAUCCAGCCUGCAGGGUGUGUCUCAAGCUCAGCCAGAGCUAUGAACCCCCACAAAACUGGGACCAGCACCUGCCACAUGUCCCCAGGGACAGCCCUGCCCUCCAGGACUGUGGCGGGGCUCGGUGGGGUCUGAUGCCAGCAGCUCCAGAGGGACGUGGAGAUCCCGUUUUAUACCCCGAGCCCUUCCCAAAGCUGAGCUCCGAACAUCUGCCGGCAAUUCCUCUCUCUCCCGGGAAGCUGCGCCGGAGCUGCCCUCGCCUCCCACGCCCGGAGGAAGCGGGUUGGGGUUUGGGGUGCGCUGGGAGCUCGGAAACCGCCGGUGGAAGGAGGGGAGGGAAGCGAUCCGAGGAGAGAAAGGCAGAGCAGCUGCCGGGGAGGAGGGCAGGCACCGACCCGGCUGCUCCCGAGGGAUUUAUUUGUCCCCUCCGGGGUGUCCCGUUGGGGACAAGCGUUUUCUAGGGGGGACAAGCACUCCCCCGGUUUCCCCAGUGAGCCCUGGCAGGUCCCAGCCCGGAUUCAUUUCAUGAUGUGGAUCAAAGCGUGAUGCACUUCGACAGCCCAGGCAGGAUCUGAUGUUCUCCAAAGCUGCUCUGCUGGUUUGAUUUAAUUGAAUUUGAUAUGAUUUGAUUUGAUUAGCUUCUAUCAGUUCUCCUCAACCUGUCCCAGUGGCUCCAGUAAAAGCCUGGCCGGAGGGCUCCGGGCAGGCAGGAGGCGGUGCUGGCAGCCUGCCCAUCCCCAUAAACUCCUGGAUCUGGCUCUGGCACCGCCCUGCCCGCCGGGAUCCGCUGCCAGGGGCCCGAGCAUCCCCUGCCCUCCCCGUGUCCCCGCGUCCCGCCGCGUUUCCCCGCUCACAUCCGUCCCCCGCCCGUCUGCCUUGGCCAGGGCAGAGUUUUUUUUCGCCCAGAAAAGCUGGAUUUGAACAUUUUCUGCUGUUCUCCCGGUUUCCUGUUGCCUUCCCAAGAACAACAUCCCUGACCUCAUCCUCCCCCGGUAUGUGCCGGGAUGCUGCCGGUGCGCCCGUCGGGAAUCUCACCCGGCCUUCCCUGGGUACCAAGACAAACACAGCUGCGGCAGUGACGGAGAAAAGGCUAUUUUGGGUAAAUCCUCUGCUCGUUUUUGUUGAGCUCAUGCCCUAGGCCAGUGUGGAGGGAGCUGCUGCUGUGCUCUGGGACACUGAGCUGUCACCUGUCCCCAGUCCCGACAGAGAGCAGAGAGCAGGGACAAACCACAGGCUGCAGGCCCCAAAUCCCUGGGGUUGCUCACACAGACCAUGGCUCUCCCCAACCUGUCUGAUUACCUGGACGGCCUCAACAACUACAGCGACUACCCCGACUACAGCUACGAGGAGACGGGCGGCGCGCGGGCAGAGCCGGCCCGCGACCCCAAGGACAUCACCAGGAUCCUGUCUGUCAUCAUCUACAGCGUCUCCUGCGUGCUGGGCAUCCUGGGCAACGGCCUGGUCAUCGCCAUCAUCACCCUCAAGAUGAAGAAAUCGGUCAACGCCGUCUGGUUCCUCAACCUGGCCGUGGCCGACUUCCUCUUCAACAUCUUCCUGCCCAUCAACAUCGCCUACACGGCCAUGAGCUACCACUGGAUCUUCGGGACGGCCAUGUGCAAGCUCAACUCCUUCCUGCUCAUCCUCAACAUGUACACCAGCGUGCUGCUGCUCACCACCAUCAGCUUCGACCGCUACGUGUCCGUGGUGUUCCCGGUGUGGUCGCAGAACCACCGCUCGCCCAGCCUGGCCUACGGGGUGUGCGCGCUCAUCUGGGGCCUGGGCGUCGUCAUGAGCUGCCCCUCGCUGGUCUUCCGGGACACGGCGCCGAGCCGCGGCUCCGUCAUCUGCUUCAGCAACUUCUCCCUCUCCAGGAACAGGUCCCACCACGGGCUGGCGCUGGCCAGGCACCGCACGGUGACCGUCACCAGGUUCCUGGCCGGCUACAUCCUGCCCAUCACCGUCAUCACCUUCUGCUACGUCGCCAUCGUCCUCAACCUGCGCCGCAACCGCCUGGCCAAGUCCAAGAAGCCCUUCAGGAUCAUCGUCACCAUCAUCGUCACCUUCUUCCUCUGCUGGAGCCCCUACCACCUGCUGAACCUGCUGGAGACGGUGCCCGACGCCGUGCCCUGGUCGGUGUUCGAGAUCUUCAUCCCGCUCACCACGGCCCUGGCGGCCUCCAACAGCUGCAUGAACCCCGUGCUCUACGUCUUCAUGGGCCAGGACUUCAAGAAGUUCAAGGUGACGCUCCUUUCCAGGCUGGUGAACGCCCUCAGCGAGGAGACAGGGCACUCCAGCAUCGUGCACAGGAGCUUCUCCAAGAUCUCCUCCAUGACUGAGAAAGAGACAACAGUGGUGUAAGCUCGGCCUGCAGGAGGGACAGAGUGACAGUGACACCUCUGUGGUGGCCCUGGUGGUCAAGCAUUGUCCAGCAGUGUCCUGCAGCCCAUUUUUGACUGGUGUUGCUGCAGGGGAUGGAGCUCCCUGAGGUAUGGAGAGGACACAAGCUUUGAUCUUGUGUGGGAUUGCAAAAAUCCUUGUGCCAAACUAAGAAAACAUUUUGGGGCGUUCCCAUCCAACCUCUGCAUUGCCUGGCCUGGGAAGGGCUUUCCAGGUGUUUCACCCUGGUGGGGUGCAGGAUAUCAGGAGGGCAUCUCCCCUGCCAUGGGUGACUCCUGCCAUGGCCAAAUUGGUGACACUCCUCUGUCCCAUGGCUCUGUGUGGCUCCUCAUGGUAAAUUCCUGAAGUAUUUUGGUACUGGAACAAGGCGUUUGUGACUUUUUUGGGAAGUGUCCUUAUGAGGGGCUGGAAUAUCCCACCUCAGAGAACUGGCAAGUCUCAAAUGCCUUCUAAGUGCUCCAAACCUAAAGUCACCUUCCAGUGUGAAGACUGGGCUCAUGCACAGGGCCACCAGCAUGGAAAACUGGGAGAAGAAAGAGGGAAAGGUCAACUUGAAAUGUUUUUUUAAGCCUCAUUUUGAUGGGCACAUUCCACACGGUACAUCCUGCAGAGAAGUGGAUGUUUGGGACCAGGAGCAGCUCCUGGGGAGGACCUGCUGUCUCCUCCUGCAUCCAGGGGGGCCUGGCUCUGCUGCCAGCUGCUCCCUGCUGGGACCAGUCAGUGCUAUGGGAUGGUUUUGUCUCUCCCACCUUGGGAAACUCUGGGAAUCUCGUGGGAUGCUCUGCUCCCACAAAUGAAUCUCUGCAGGGAAGGAUGGGCUGAGCCACCACCCUCAUCCAAUUUCACAGCCAGUUAAUUUUGGAGCUCCUUCACCCUGACCCCAGUGUCACCCUCAUUUAUGUGUCACUCCCAGGACUGAGAGGAAUCUCUGGGUUUGGGCAGGCCCCAGAGCCCUGGGGACAUCUCAGGAGGAGAUUUGUGCAAAGUUUUGACACCCUGGCAGUUGAGAGUCUGCUCCCAGGUGCCCACAAAAGCUGAGAUAUUUAUUUAUAGCUUUCCUUGGAAAUCAGAAAAUGGGAGAUAAAGUGGGGAGGCAGCUCCCAGGAGUUGUUUCCAGGCAGCAGAUUGUGCCAGGCACGGGUAGAAGUAAAACCCUGGUACCCAAGCAGCAGGAAUGUUGGGAUUAGAGCAGAUGCUGCAGUGGGAGCUGGAUUUCGGGAUUUCAGAUGGAUUAUCUGGAGUUUUCUCCAUCCCACCUUGAUCUGCAUCACCUCCUUGCUGUGAUGGGACACUCAGCACCUGGAUUGUGCCCAUGUCUCCUGGGGAUGCUUCCCUAGGGAGCACUGCCACAUCCCUGCAUCAUGGCCAAGCCCAGGGCUACUCCCAGCCCUGAUCCACAGGGAUUUUUCCCCCCAAACACACUUUGGAUCUGUACCCAUGGAAGCUGCAGUGCCUGAGGAGGCUGCAGGGCCUCUCUGCUGGUGGGAGGAGGCUCCUCUUGCUCAUUUUCCCCAGUAUUUAAUUAACAGUGCUGGAAGGCUGCCUGGAUCCUAUUAGGAGUGGGAUGGGACAGAUGGGAUGGAUGGGACAGAUGGACAGACAGGGACACACAGAACUUGGAGAAGAUCAGUGCAGGGAACAGUGGGAAUGGGAUGUACCCAGAGCCAGCAGCCUGUGGGGCUUUGGGGGGUUUGGGGAAGCCCUGGAUGUUGGGAACAGUGGGAUGAAGCCUCAAGGACUGGAUGCCAUCCCACUGCCCCUCAGGUUGGUGCUGGGAUGUUCCUGAUGGAUCCAGGAUGAUCCUCACUCAUUCUGGUGUCUGCUUUUUUCCAAGCCCAUCUGUUAUCACUCCAAACAGCUUUCACAAAGAAAAAAAAAAAAAAAAAAAAAGCAAA